AUGGCCCAGGAACGUGCUGCUCCUCUCCGUCUCGGCUCUACUGCCCCUGACUUCGACGCUGAGACCUCCAACGGUCCCAUCUCCUUCCACAAGUUCAUCGGCGACAGCUGGGCCAUCCUCUUCUCCCACCCUGAUGACUUCACACCCGUCUGCACCACCGAGCUCGGCGCUUUCGCUAAGCUCGAGCCCGAGUUCGCUGCCCGCAACGUCAAGCUGAUUGGUCUCAGCGCCAAUGGCACCGACUCCCACAAGGCUUGGAUCAAGGACAUUGACGAGGUCAAUGGCUCCAAGCUCACCUUCCCCAUCAUUGCCGACCCCAGCCGCAAGAUUGCCUACCUGUAUGACAUGGUCGACUACCAGGACACCACCAACGUCGACGAGAAGGGCAUCGCUUUCACUAUCCGCUCCGUUUUCAUUAUUGACCCCGCCAAGAAGAUCCGUCUGAUCAUGUCCUACCCGCCUCCACCGGCCACCACCGACAAGCACGGCGUUACCUGCCCCAUCAACUGGCUCCCCGGUGACGAUGUCAUCAUCCCCCCUCCCGUCUCCACUGAGGAUGCUAAGAAGAAGUUUGGCGAUAUCCGUGAGGUCAAGCCUUACCUGCGCUUCACCACUCUUAAGAAGUAA